UAUUAUGUCGCAUAUAUUGUCGUAGUAAGUAGUACUCCUGUACAUUACAUUGAAAGGUUAAAAAAACUCUCAACUGCAAAUAACAGUCAAACAGCUAAUCUGCUACUUAAUGGUGAAAAAAUUACGUUAACUGUGUAUACUCUUAGCAAGACCUACGUGAUGAAAUCUUCCAAGUCUUCCACAUGGGUGAAUAAAACUUAAUUAGAAUGUAGGCUAGCGCUUUAAUUUAUCAGAGAAAAUGACUAUAACACGAUUUCUAUCACAUAUUGGAAUUCGUCAUCCGUCAAAAAAGAUUAUUUCUUAUCUGGUUGCUGUCACAUUCAUGUUUUACAUUGGACUUUAUCCAUUGAUGUCUACCAUUACAGAAAAACGUCGUUCAUUAUCAAUAGUGAAUGCCGCUGAAGAGAAUCACAAAAUAUUUUUCAAAAGAAAGAAAGUCACAGCAUUUUUAUUUGUUUUAGUUUUGACUGGACCAAAAAAUUUUGAUCGUAGGAAUGCCAUGCGGUCAACUUGGUUAAACCUGACAGAACUACCAUCUAUUGGUAGGAAAUUUGUCAUUGGUACAGCAGACUUAAGCAGUGAUGCAGAAAUAAAACUAAAUGAAGAACAAAGUCAACAUAAUGACCUGGUGUAUCUACCAAAUUUGAAAGACGACUACAGUAAACUUACUUUAAAGUUACUAUAUGCUCUGACUUGGAUGAAUGAGAAUAUUGAAUACUCCUUCCUAUUAAAAGUUGAUGAUGAUACUUUUGCAAGAUUAGACAUUAUCUUGCAAGAACUCAAUACAAAAUAUUUUGGGCUUCAUAAUCUCUAUUGGGGUUUUCAUCGUGGGGAUGCAAGAGUGAAAUAUGCCGGGCGAUGGGCAGAACUUAAAUGGAAAUUAUGUGAUCGAUAUUUGCCAUAUGCACUAGGUGGUGGUUACAUUUUGUCCAUGAAGCUUGUGCAGUUUAUUGCUAAUACCUCAUCAAUGCUAGAACUAUAUAACAGUGAAGAUGUUUCAUUAGGAGCUUGGCUCAGUCCACUAAAACUGACAAGGGUUCAUGAUGUGAGAUUUGACACAGAAUGGAAGACACGUGGUUGUAGAAAUGUUCACAUUAUCAGUCACAAACAGUCUAUACAAGAUAUGCAUCAAAAGUUUGCACAGCUAAAAAAUAAUGGCAAACUUUGCAUAACAGAAACUUCAAUAAGACCAUCUUACAUCUAUUCAUGGAAUGGUCCUCCAUCACAAUGUUGUGUUAGAAGAUAUGGCAUUCCCUGAUAAUCAUCAAAUGUUAACUUUGUGUCUUUUUUAAUGAAAGAAACAUCAAUAAGACUGUGUUACAUCUAUUCAUGUAAUGUUCCUUCAUCACAAUGUUGUGUUAGAAAAUAUGGCAUUCCUUGAUAACCAACAAAUGCUAACUUUUUGUCGCUUUUUAAUAAAAGAAACAUCAAUAAGACUAUCUUACAUCUAUUCAUGUAAUGUUCCUCCAUCACAAUGUAGUGUUAGAAGAUAAGGCAUUCCUUGAUAAGAAACAUAAAGUAAGUAAAUUCAGGCUGCGUGCAGGCUA